UUAAACAUGGCUUCAAAACAACAGGUCGAGAGUUUAACGGAGGAGGUAGUUUGUCCCAUCUGCCUGGAUUUCUUCACCGAUCCGGUGUCACUGGACUGUGGGCACAACUUCUGUCGCUCCUGUAUCACACAGUACUGGGAAAAGGAGGAGAGAUAUUUCUGCCCGGAAUGUCGAGAGGAAUUUCAGAAACUGAACCUCAGAGGUAAUCGGGCCUUAGUGAGAUUGUCAGAGAAAGCUCGAAAACUGAACCCGAAUCCGAAAUCGAAGAAGACUAAACUUUGCUGUAAAGAACAUGAGGAAGAAGAACUGAAGCUGUUUUGUGAAACUGACAAGAAAAUGAUCUGCCUGAUCUGUAGGGAUGCGCGCGAACACAAGUCUCAUAACUUUAUGCCAAUUAAAGAAGCUGUUGAAAUCUACAAGGAGCAGGUGAAAUCUUCCCUCACGUCGCUCACCGAGAGGAAAUCGACAAUUCUCCAACUGGAGCAGCAACAGAAGCAGAAGAUUUUUGAGAUUCGGGAUGAAUCACGUGGCCUGGAGUGCCACAUCUCGUCCGAAUUCACUAAAAUACAUCAGAGUCUCGCCCAGAAAGAACAGCGUUUAAUCGGAAAUCUCAAAGAACACGAGGAAAAGGUUGUGGGUCUAAUGGAGGAAAAUCUUCGGGAGAUUCAGGAGAGUUUAACUUCCAUUGAGGAGGAAAUCUCAAUGCUGCAGAAACAGAUGGAGCAGAAAGAUGAUGUGAUUUUUCUGAAGGAUGAAUGUUGUCAGAAGAAGAGAGUUGGGGAAGACCAGACUCCUACAUUUGCAGAUGGGGCUCUGAUGCUGGAAGAAUUCAUGUGGCCAUUACCAUUGCCUGUGUGGAGGGAAAUGCUCGAUGACAUUCAACCAGACUCUGUUACCCUGGAUGUGGAAACGGCGGCUCCGUGGCUUGAGGUAUCUGAGGACCUGAAGAGUGUUAGACGGACUCAGAGAUUGAGAAGCCUCCCGGACACUGGGAAGAGAUUCACUCAACAGGCUUGUGUACUGGGAUCGGAGGGAUUCACAUCAGGGAGACAUUACUGGGAGGUGGAGGUGGCAGGGAACCGGGGCUGGUGUUUGGGAGUCGCCGCCGAAUCUGUGGAGAGGAAGGAUGUUGUCUUAGCGAGACCGGAAAGUGGAGUCUGGAGUAUCGAGCGAUGGGAUGACAGGCUCAGUGCGAUGGCCUGUCCCAUGUCCCAACUCCCUGCCAGUCCCAUCCCCAGGAGGGUGGGAGUUUAUCUCAGUUACGAGUCCGGGACUGUUUCAUUUUACAACGGGAACACCAAAAGUCAUCUCCACACCCUUGCUGGCAAUAAGUUCAUGGAGAAACUUUAUCCUUUCUUCUGGAAAGGGGAUGAGAACCAGUGGCUGAGAAUCUGGUUCUACUCCAGGUCUGUAAAGUCAGUCAGAACUGGCGUCUGGAGCAGGAUUCAGGGACUGUGAAGUAGGUUGAUGCCGAACAUGUCUGGAUUAAAUUCUAAAUUUGACAUCGUUAAUCGCAGUGGGUCUAGAAACAAUAUUGGUGGAAAUAUUAGUGUUGGAAGAAUGAAUAAAUAACAAGAUAUUCGAACUGUAUAUCAAUUAAUUUUAAUGUGUUAAGGGCAUCCGUCAAUGGAACAGAAACACUGCCCUACUGUAAAGUGCAGAAAGCACAAAUUGGAACAGACUCCUUUCAGUGGAUGGGCAGAAUGGUGUCACUGAUACUGUGAACAAUUUUGUGUUUCCAUCUGGCUGAUGAAAUAUCUGUCCUCUCAGAUCUACCCAGCUCCCUGCUUCCUUGCAACCUAUCAUUGAGACCAGUGAGCAUCUGGAUAACGUUUGAUUGGUUGCAAAGUGAGCCCCAUCCCCAUGAGUGGGCUGAACAAGGGCAGGAGUUUGAAAGAAGGAGAGAGUAGACCUGGGGAGAGGGCUUAGAUCGGCAGCUGUACCUCAGGCAAAGGCUACAACACAGCCUGGGCAGAGUAGACUCAGGCAGAGGUCCUGUCAGAUCUUUUCAGCUACACGAAGGAUGCCUGCCGUGGAUUGUGGUCUCACAAGCAUGCUGGAAGUACAAAGCAACACACACAAAAAGCUCGAGGAACUCAGCAGGCCAGGCAGUAUCUAUGAAAAAGAGUAAACAAUCGACAUUCUGGGCCUAGACCGGGGGUCGGCAACCCGCGGCUCCGGAGCCGCAUGUGGCUCUUUUACGUCUGUGCUGCGGCUCCCUGUUGCUUUGGGAAAUAAUUGGUUGUGGCGACCCUUUUCCUGGCACAUCCGAACCGACUCACAAUUAGAUAGCCUACGGGGGUUUGCGAGCACAGAGCUUUGGAGCCUCUGCGCCUUGGGGGGCAGGUUGAGGGAGGCUUAAAAGUGAGGCUGAAGAUUUCGAAUAAAGUUUUUUCCUUCGACUGCAGUUACCGACUCCGUGUCGUAAUUUUAGCGCUGCGUGUAGCACACCGCUACAUGGUCAGUAUUUAAUUAAAAUGUAUUUUAUGUUAGUUUGUUAGUUUUUGAAAUGUAAAUCUAAAUUUGAAGAUUAUGGUGAUCUUGUACAAUCUAAAUAAGACUUUGUGG